AAAUAAGUUCAUAAUGUCAGCGGUUGAAGCUAUAACCAAUGACAUUCCUGAAAAAACAAAUGUUGCAAUAAACAAAAAGUUGCAAUAUAAAGCUAGAAGAAAGAAUAAAAAGAAGAAUAAAAAGCUGCGCCAAGAGGAAGAGGCUAAACGUAAAGCAGAAUUAGAAAAGGAGGAAAAGGACAACUCACUUGAUGAUGUCGAAAUCGAAUAUGUUGUUCAACCUGUUGAUUUUUCAGCUUUAAAAAAUAUGGAUGGCAUGUCAAAUUUAGACGAAAACACUCUUCAACAAUUUUCAAACAUUUUCAAACAUUUUCAAUCUGGUGAACCUGAUGAGAAUGAAGAAGAAUUCCCUGUUCAAAAUAAUACUACAGCACAAAAAGAAGAGGGAGUAGAAGGUGACGAGGAUGAGGAAGAAAAAGAAUCUGAUCAACCUUUAUCAAAGAAAAAAUUAAAAAAACUUCAACGUUUAACAGUUGCUGAAUUAAAACAACUUGUUGCUAAGCCUGAAGUAGUUGAGUGGUGGGAUGUAACAGCUGCUGAUCCAAAACUGUUAGUUGCUUUAAAGUCAUAUCGUAAUACUGUUCCUGUUCCUGCUCAUUGGAGCAUGAAACGUAAAUAUCUUCAAGGAAAGCGUGGUAUUGAAAAGCCACCAUGGGAAUUGCCAGAUUUUAUUAAGGAUACGGGUAUUAUGGAAAUGCGUGAAGCUGUAAAAGAGAAAGAGAAUGCAGCUGGUUUAAAAGGAAAGAUGAAAGAAAAGGUUGCACCUAAGAUGGGUAAACUGGAUAUAGAUUAUCAGAAAUUGCAUGAUGCCUUUUUCAGAUUUCAAACAAAAGGCAAAUAUACGAUGCAUGGUGAACUUUAUUAUGAAGGUAAAGAAUUUGAAACUAAAUUAAAAGAACAAAAGCCUGGUCAAUUAUCAGAAGAGCUGAAACAAGCAUUGAAUAUGCCACCAUUGGCACCACCUCCAUGGUUAAUUAAUAUGCAGCGUUAUGGCCCUCCUCCUAGUUAUCCUAACUUAAAAAUCCCUGGCUUAAAUGCACCAAUACCUGAAGGUGCUCAAUGGGGUUAUCAUCCUGGUGGAUGGGGUCGACCGCCUGUUGAUGAAUAUAAUCGUCCUCUGUAUGGUGAUGUCUUUGGUGUGGCACAACCUAGUGCAGCACCUCCUGAGGUAGUUGAACCUAUUGAUAAACAAUUAUGGGGUGAACUAGAACCAGAAGAAGAAUAUGAAGAAGAAAGUGAAGAGGAAGAAGAAGAGGAAGAAGAAGAGGAAAAAGCUGAGACUGAAACAGCUACUGAAGAUAUUACAGAUGGAUUGGUUACACCUUCUGGUCUCUCAUCUAUCGCAUCUGGAUUAGAGACACCUGAUCAUAUCGAGCUUCGUAAAGAGCGUAAAAGAGAUGAAGAUGAAGGACCUAAGCAACUUUAUCAAGUGCUGCCUGAAGUGCAAAAGAGUAUUACAGGUUUUAUGGGAUCACAGCAUGGUUAUGAUCUAUCAGCAAUAGAAAAAUCAGACCAAACAACAUCAAAACGUAAAGCAACUAAUGUAGAUGUAGCUAUUGAUCCAAGUGAAUUAGAAAGUGGUUUAGACGAAGCCACUUUACGUGCUAAAUAUGAUGCACAAAUGAAAGCUAAAUUACCUGUGGGGGCAGGCGCUGAGGACUUAUCUGAUAUGUAUGCAGAGCAUGCAAGUAGACAAGCAAAGAAGGCUAAAAUUCAGGAUAAACGAAAGGAUGGCAAUAAAAAGGAAUUUAAAUUUUAAUUCUUUAUACUUCAAUAAAUGAUAAAUAUAUGAAUUAUAUAAUGCGAUUAACAUGGAUGUAAUAAAGAAAUU